AUGGACGAGGGCCAUCACACUACCUAUAAAGACGGAGAUAUCGUCUGGGUCAAGUUGAAUGGUAAAUGGUGGCCAGGUCAAGUUAAAGAUCUGAAUAGUAUUCCUUCAGACGAAUUCAAGAAACCACCUUUAGUACUAGUUCAAUUUUUUGAAGAAGAUUCUUAUCAAUAUGUGAAGAGCUGGGAUAAUAUAUACCCCUACAACUGUGAAAAGAAAACCGAGUUUAUCAAAAAGGGAAUGGCUGCGUUUCGGACAAAAGCAUCACACAUGGAAAAAUUUCCUAAGGAUGUGACUACUGCUGAAGUGACGGUAGGAGGUAAUCCUAAUAUUCUCAGCGAGCCUCAAUUUCGCCCUGAAGUAAAACGAAAUUAUGCAAGCGAAAUUUUUGGUACACCGAACAGUAAGAAAAGGACCAGCACUGACAAUAGCAUCAAACGUUCAACGACCAAAACUCAGCCAGAUACCUCUCACAUAACUCAUAGAAGAUUUCUUGGAUCCGAUGAUUACAAAGCCUACAUAUGUAUUCAAUACCCUGGUAAAGAUAGAACACCUGACAGUGAAGACGAAGAAGUAAUUCAACUUAAUACUGAACCAGAACGCGAUUACAACUGCCACGAAUGUUCUUAUAGUACAAAAAGACUUGAGGUAAUGAUAUUACACAUAAAAUCGCAUAUUAAAUUUGACGAUAGACCACCGACGAAGAAAAGAAAGAAACCCGUCACACCAAAACCAAAGAAGAAAGAGCCAGCUAAGAGACAGAGAGUGUCAUUUUCUCAGUUAAAUGAUACUUCUAACGAUGAGGCACCUGAACCGCCAAAAGAAAGAAAGAAAAAGACCAAGAGUUCACCAUCCGUUAAAAAAUCUCCAAAAGUAGUUGCAGAGGUUAAGCCUAAAAAUUCUAGUGAUAUUCGUAACGAUCUAUUGGCAGAAUGGGACGACGAAGAGGAAGACUUAUCCGAAACACAAGAUAUGAGUGUAAUAAGUGAUUUGAGUAUAUUAAACGAAAAUACAUUUACAGCAAUAGAUCAAAUACCAGAACCCAUCGUCGAAACUGAAGUAAAGACAAUAGAAAACGACGAUAAAGAGCCUGAAGUAACAGAAAAGUCAUCUCCAACAAAUAAAGCAGACGAUUCAUCAAAAAUUGACUUUGCAUCUAGCGGUGAUACAAGUACACAAAAUGAUAGUAAAUGCUGUUUUGAUUUUAAUGACGAGGAGGAAGAAUUACUUAAUACCACAGUUCAAGUUGGCAGAAAAAUACCGAGGGUCAUACCGCCAACAGAAAAACGAAAAUCGGAGAUUCUUGAUGAUAUCAUCGAUUUAGAGGAAGGUUUCAAUAAAGAGGAAAUACUAAAAGAAAGCCAGAGCUUCAACGAGAAACAUGCUGAAAAUAACGAACUUGAGAGUGCUUUUAAAGAUUUGAUGGAUGAGGUUUCUGUUCCCAAAAUAUCUGAUUUAGAAAACAGCCUCAAACCGCCACAAAAUUUUCACUCUGUCAAGACUAUAAAAUUUCCGGAUAAGCAAGAUGAUCCACCCGAAAAAGAUCGCGAUAAAAAUCCAGAUGCACCCACAGAACCGAUUAAUCCCAAGAAACGAUUUGUUAAAAAUUUCGAGGAGUUCGAGAACCGACUUCAUCGAGAAAAGAUGAAAAGCAAGAAGCAGCAAGCUUUAAAAAAGAAGAGUAGAAAAGAGAUCUUAUACCAGGAUAAGAACGAUGAGAGUUCAGAUAAGACUUCAGAUGACGAUUGUAAAGAUAUUCAUGAGUUACACACGAAAAUCAUGUCGUCAAUUAUUGAUGAAGCCAAGAUUGACGAGGAAUCCAAAGAGAAAAUUAUGUCUAAACUAAACAAAAGUCCACGUAAAAAAAAUUGCAGAUUCUUGUUCGACAGAUUCAAAUGCUGAAGCGUCCUCACCUAGUCAGAAGGUAGACUCAAAGGACAAACAACAGAAACAUCUUAAUAAGUCAACUUCAUCCUCAGAAGUUGACGUUUCCCAAAAAAAUGAAGGCCGUAGUUAAAAAGUUUUUUCGUAGAAGCACAGAAUUACAAACUGUCGAUAUGUUAAAAGCUCAGCAGCAGGAUCCUACUGUUACUAAUUCAAACAAAACAGAAGAUUCAUUAAUGGAUGACACACAUUUAAAGCAACAAGAAAUUGGUACUCGUCCAAUAUCGUCAACUCCUAGUGUUGAUGCAACUAAGUUGACAUUUAAGAAAAGAAAUUUGCGUUCGUCUUCAGAACUCAGUAGUUUAGACAAAUCUCAUCAUAUAGAACCAGGUUUAUCAUCUGAAAUUGUUUAUUCCGGCGACAAAGAUGAUAAAAAAGGAAAAAGACAUGACAAACAUAAAAGGAUUAAGUCUGAAAGUAUUGCUGGUGUUGAUGACUCAGGUGAACAAAAGGAAACAGCGAUUGCUAAAGAUUUAAGUCACACAGGUGCAACACGUAGGCAGCAUUAUUCCUUAUCGGAAAUAAAUAUUGUUGAAACAUCGACUGAUCAAAAGGAAGCAUUAAGUAAUGUCCACGACAUGCAAGACCAACCAAAAGCCAUAAGUAAAACCCGUAAGAGUUUGAGAAACUCUUUAACGGAAACACAAAUUUCAAACGAGACUGUAAAUUUGAACAACGUGGUAACUAGUGAUAAAACCCAAGAAAAGCCUUCUACUGUGACUAACGAAUCGUUAGGUAGUGAUAAUGCGGAAAACAAAGUGGUUUUUUCUCAAGACUUUUAUAUUAGAGACAAUAGCAAGAAAGAAACACUUCCAAGAAAAAAACGCAAAUUUGUAACAGACUCCUUUCCAGAAACCAGUGUUGAUCAAUCAACUAUGCACCCAGGCGUCAUUGCUCAUCCAGAAAUAGUAAUUGACACUCUUCGCGAGGAAACACUACCACUUAAGAGACGUAGAAGUUUGCGGGUCUCAUCAUCAGAAGCCACUACGAAGCACACGGCAAUUAUACACCAAGAUAAAGAAGAACUAAAUACUACUAUAGCACCUCCUAAUACAAGUAACAAUGAUUCGACUGAAAAAAAUCAAAAGGGAAAAAAUUCUUCUGAUAAAACUAAACGAAUAAGCCAUCCAAAGAAACGUACAAGAUCUUUUCAGGAUAAUUUUGAUACAGUAGAAACUUCAAAGAUACAAGUAGACUAUGACAAAAGUUACCAUUCAUCAGAAAUGGACGAAACAGAAAAUAAAAAAGAGAUGGAAGACUUGACUGUAAACGCCGGCGCGGAAACGCACGAUUCGAAAACACAGAUAAACGAUUGCGUUCCACACGAAUCUGCAACUAAAAACGUUGAAACAUUCUUUGAAACUCCAGAUAACAAUAUAAUAGACGGGAAUAACGAAUCGACAUAUGAAGACUCAAAAAUUAUCGGAACUGAAUCUGUGGAAUCUAAAAAGGAAUCCGAAUUUGUACAGAUUCCUGUAG